UUAAUGUUUGAUAAUGCAUGGCUUUAUAAUAAAAAAACAUCACGUGUUUAUAAAGAUUGUACAACAUUAUCAGAGGUAUUUGCCAAAACCAUUCAACCGGUUGUGGAGUCACAUAGUUAUCGUCAUGGUUUUAAUUUGGAUGAUGGUUCAUCACCAGCAAAUUUACAAAAAGCUAGAAAUUUAUCAAUACAAAGAUGUAUACAAUCAUUGGCACAUGCAUGUCAAUGUCGUGAUGAAAAUUGUUGUUUACCAAGUUGUGGUAAAAUGAAAAGAGUUAUUAAACAUACUAAAUUAUGUAAAAGUAGAACAAAUGGUGGUUGUCCAAUAUGUAAACAACUUAUUGCACUUUGUUGUUUUCAUGCUAAACACUGCCGAGAAACAAAAUGCCUUGUACCAUUCUGUUCAAAUAUAAAACACAAAUUGAAACAACAACAAUUACAACAAAGAUUACAACAAGCACAAUUAUCAAGAAGAAGAAUGGCUGCAAUGAAUGGACGUCAAACUGGUGCUCAAGUUAAUGCAAUACAAGGUAGUCAACCAACACCAAUACCACAACAGCAACAACAGCCAUCAGCUCCACCACCACAAGCACAACAAUCUAUACCAAUGAGUGGUGGUGGUGGACCUGGUGUAGGACCACCAAAUGCAAAUGUAAAUAUGCUAUCAAAACAAUCACUUCAACAAUUAUUACAAGUACUCAGAAGUCCAAGUACACCAGAACAGCAAAGCCAAAUAUUACAAAUACUCAAAAGCAAUCCACCUUUGAUGGUUGCAUUUAUAAAACAAAGACAGCAACAAAUUGGUCAACAACAUGCUGAAGCUGUUAAUCAAAUGGAUCUGAGUCAACAAUGGUCAACAACAGCCACCUCCACCAAUAGCUGCAAUGAAUGGACGUCAAACUGAUGUUCAAGUUAAUGCAAUACAAGAGAGAAUAGAGCAGCCAUGAAGAAUUUGGUACAACUGGACCCAAGGAUGACUGAUCAACCAAUCACGUUUAUUUUAAAAUAAAAACUAAGUCACCUAAAUAUAA